ACCAAGCAAACCGUUGAAAUGGAAGAAAUAUGCCGAGUUUGCUUGAAUAGGUCUGAGAUCAUGGUAAACAUAUAUCAAGGGACGCAGGAGUUUGGCAUUUCAAUAGCGAAAAUGAUUUCGGAAUCUACCGGCUUAAUAGUGAAAAAAGGGGACUCACUGCCCGAACUUAUUUGUCUGUCUUGCCGAGAGGAUGUCCAAAAUUCAUUCGAUAUUAGGAAAACGUACGAGAAGAGCCAUUACUUCUUCUGCCAAUUGAAGAAGAAGGUCAAGAGUCAGGAGCAGGCCUUGACAGAUGACAGCGAUACUGGUGAUCUGGAGCUUCCCUUCAAGUGUCCACAUUGUCCAAAGCGAUGCAGGCUGAAGUGCAAUCUAACGAAGCACAUAAGACUCCACUCUGACGAAAGACCUUAUAAGUGUGACCAGUGCCAGAAGUCGUUCAAGGACAGCAGUGCCCUGCAUAGGCACAUCCGCAUCCAUACGGGCGAGCGCCCUUUCAAGUGCCCCGAGUGCCCGCAAUCCUUCUCCUACUCCGGCUCUCUGAGGGACCACAUGCUGGGCCACUCCGGUGAGCGUCCCCACAAGUGUCCGCACUGCUCGACGUCCUUUAGAUGGCAGAAGCUCCUAACCAUCCACCUGCGCAGUCACACCGGGGAGCGCCCCUUUAAGUGCUCCCAGUGCUCGAAGGCAUUCUCAGCCCGAUCUACACUACAAAACCACAUGCGAACCCACACGGGAGAGCAACCCUACGAGUGUCCUCAGUGCCAGAGGUCCUUCAGCAUCAAGCAGAGGUUGCGGUUGCACAUGAAAACGCACGAGGAUUAAAUUUUAGGGACACUCGAUAGAAUGUCUUUUCCCUUUGGGGAGCACCCUCAAAAUGAUACAAUCCCUUGUUAAACCAUGUUUACUUAUAUCUUGUUUAUAUAAAAGCAAACUAGAAAUUGUUAAUAAAUAUCUGUACUU